AUGGGGUCCUCUCUCCCCCCGUCGUCUGUCGCCGUGCUCACCACCGCAGCCCACGAGCACCGGCACCACCCGUGCUCUCCCGACGACGACUUCGAGUUCACGCCUCUCCUCCUCAGGCCGCGGCGCCGGCGCAUCAACGCGCGCACUACCGAGCGUCCAAGAACCGUCGUCGUCCAGGUCGCGGCCACUACGGUCGUCGCCGAGCCGCAGCCUCCCCAGCGCGCGCGCCGCGGAGCGCCAAGCAUCGCGGCGGCGGCGACACCGGCGCCACCAAGGAAGCCGCAGCAGGUGCGGUGGCACGACAUGGCGUUCGGGUCCGUGCGCGUGCCGGCGGCCAUGGACAUGGGCGAGAUCAGGAGGCGCCUGCGGCUGAGGGCGCGGCAGCAGGCUCUGGCUGGCGGCGCCGGGAACGAGCAGCCGUCCCCCGCCGCCGCGGGGUGGGCGCCGUGGAGGCUUAUACGGUCGCUGAGCUGCAAGGGCGUCGAGGCCGUCGCGGCUGCCGCGGCGCCUGUCAGGCUGGUGUAG